UUGUAUGUUUAUCAAUUUUUCUUGAAGGUUUAUAAGUUGCAAAACGCUUGUGACUUUUAUAACUCUUGAGUGGACAGAUGGUGACAACUUGAAAUAUGGAUAUAGCGCAAAGACUGAAUUUUGACGCCAGUGACAUCGAGGAUGAAGAAUUGAAUAUCAGCUGUCAAUCGAACGGUUCAGGUUCAGGUGUGGCAGAAAUUAGCAUACCUUCUUACGAAAGAAGGCAACCUACCAGUAUUUCAAUGGCAUGUAGUCCACCAUAUAAGCGCGUUCGAGCGCUUAGACUGCUUGACUCACCAGCAACGCCGAAAACAUUGAUGAAGGAAAGUACUACUCUCACUCCGCUUCCAUCUAGAAGUUUGAAACUGUUUCACACAGAGAAACCAAAACCUCUCGCUUCUUGUUACCAUAGUAAAUCCGAAAAGCCUGCAGCUAACGUUAAUCCUUUUACUUCAAAUGGUAUGGUGCUCGUUGCUAGGAAGAGAACAAGGUCCAAGCGGAGUCUGAACAAUUCUCCUGAGCUUAGAGUACCAUCUACAGAUUCAGUUGACUCAGAACAUUCAGACACUGAACUAGAGCAACCAACUAAACGUGUAGCACUUCAUGAGUCGAACAUAUCUAGAUAUCAUCAGGAAUUUCUGGAGCUCGAGUUGAUUGGCGUUGGGGAAUUUGGAUCCGUUUUCAAAUGUAUUAACAGGCUAGAUGGUUGCAUCUAUGCAGUGAAAAAAAGUAUCAAACCAGUUGCUGGAAGUGUAAAUGAAAAAAAUGCGCUCAAUGAAGUAUAUGCGCAUGCCGUACUUGGCAAACAUCAACAUGUAGUUCGUUACUAUUCUGCAUGGGCAGAAGACAAUCACAUGAUUAUUCAAAACGAGUAUUGUAAUGGCGGCAGUUUGGCUGAUGCAAUUUCAAAACUACAGGCUGAAAAAAGGAACUUUUCUGAAGCAGAAUUGCGUCAACUUCUGAUACAUAUUGCUGAGGGACUCAGAUAUUUACAUUCAAUGCAACUAGUCCACAUGGACAUUAAGCCAGGCAAUAUCUUUAUAUCGAAGGAAAAAAGACUACGUGCUGUCGACUACGAUUCUGCAGAUGAUGGGUUUGACGAGGAAGACACAGUUGAAGAAGAAAUCACUUAUAAACUUGGAGACUUGGGUCACGUUACUUCAAUUAACAAUCCGCUAUUUGAAGAGGGUGAUUGCAGAUAUUUACCUGCCGAGAUCUUACAUGAGGAUUUGGCUCACAUGCCUAAGGCCGACAUCUUUGCAUUGGGAUUGACUGUUUAUGAAGCUGGGGGUGGUGGCGCUUUACCUAAAAAUGGUCCUGAUUGGCAUGAAAUUAGGAAUGGGAAGCUAAAGGAACUGCCACAAUAUAGUAGAGAUUUUAACGAGCUAUUGAAGCUUAUGAUUCAUCCAAAGCCUGAGAUGAGGCCUUCAGUAGUAAUGCUUAUUCAACACAGAGUCUUAUGUCCUUUUGGAAAAAGAACUAAAGCACAACUUAGGCGCGAAUUGAAUGCAGAAAAAUUAAAGAAUGGAAUUCUGUCGAAACAACUCCAGGAAGCUGCUAAGUGCCUGAAGACUUUAGCACCCAAUAUGGCUGUUAUGAACACUACAACUAAUCUUGGAGGCUACAGGCUAAGACCGACACCGACUAGAACCUCGUCUCGAACUGUUGGAAAAAAGGUCAACCAUAGCAACAGUGCAACUAUCUUUUAAUAACUAACGAUUUGUUUAUUUAUUAGAGGAGAGUUAGAAGAGUCAAUGCAUCCCAAAGACAAGCGUAAUGCUAGGCGGUGCAUUAAUAUUGUGAUAUACAAGUAAACUUAGUACGUAAGUCAAAAUGUAUACAAACUUUAAACACAACAAAUUUUGGUGCUUAAAGUAAAAAGGUCAUUGCCGUAUAUUUAUUUUGAAGUUUACCUAUAUGACCGAUAUGAUGAGGUAAUAAGUCUUAUAAUUUACGGUAUAAAAGAAAAUUUUUAGGGAACUGAGCUGAUGUCGUGGUUUACUAAUAUUUUCCUGUCUCUAUUAUUGCUUCAAACCGUAUUUCGUCAUUUCUUAUUAUCUUUCAAAAUUGGUAUCACAAAAACAGAUACAGAAAUGUUAUCGUGACGAAAUCUUUAAAAGUAACAAGUUUAAAUGAAAGAUGAAUAAGAUAUAAAUACCCUGCACUACACAAACAGCACUAUUUACAGGAUUAUUGAAAUGCUGGCAUUUUUUGUGAAAAUUUGUUUGGGUGGCCAGAUGAAGUGAAGGAAUCAUUAUUCUCUUAUCACUUUUUAAGUUAUAAUGUGGUUGCUAAAAUCAUGUUUACUCUCUUACUUAUUUUGUAUAUGUUGAUAACAUCGUAAACAAAUUUUUCCUCCUAUGGUAACCCAUUGUCAUAUACAGAAAUUUGACUGCAUACUGCACAACAGCAGGAUAAGUAUACUCACACUAUUAGAUAUGUGGAGUGAAGUGCAGUGUAUUUUCUGGACUGAAACUUUAUUUUUUAUCACAUUGAAUUAUUUUUUAAUCAUUUUAAUGAGUAUCUCCUUCAGUAUGCAUCAAAUAUCUUAUCACACCAUAUGUACUCUAUUACAUGUUUUGCAUAGAAUAGAUAUUAGAUAAUUAUACUAAUCGUUAAGGACAAAAUAUGUUGUUUUUUUUUUUAGUCUAGUUACGUUUGACUUACUAGGUUCAAAUUUAAGUUUUCUGCAUACCAAUAUUGUAGUUCCUUAAAAUGGCAACUCCUGUUUAUUAUUGUGAUAACUUAUGAGAUGUGUACACUAGUUUGAGGUCCCAAAAAAAAGUGGUUUAAUAUUAUAACCUGAAACAGGUGCUGCCUAUUCUUCCAAUAACAACAUAGGACAGUAUUUCAGUUACAAGUAUAUGUGGAUUUUAAAAUCAAAUGCAUGAAUAUUAUUUGUUUUCUGUCAUAUCAUGCAGCUGAGAGUUUUUUUUGUCAAAAAAGAAAAUAAGAUAGAACACGAGAAACAUGACCAAACUGAUAAAUAAUUUAACUACAAGCUUUACAGAAUAUUUUAGAAACAUAACUUGCAUGAAUUUUCUGUAAAUUAAUGUAUAUACCACGGUAACCGAGUUUUCACAACUACAUGCAAAAAUUCGUCAUCUUGUAAAUAGUCACUGCUCAGAAUUGUUCUUAUACCCAAGAAAAUUGUUAUUUUGAACAUGAAGAUUAUACAUGUAUCUAGUUAUUGCAUCAGGAAUAAUAGAGUUAAAAUUUCUGGCAUCUAAUAUUAACGCUAUUACUGCUCGUUGGCCUUUAACGCAUUCAAAUAUACUACGCUAUAUUUACAACAAAAUCAUUUCUCAUCGUUUAAAAAACAUAUGUCAUUGCUAUAUCCAUGACACAAAACCUAUCAAUUUUUGUUCUUGUUUUUUGUUUUGUUUAUGUACUUUUCGACAUAGUAUGCAUGAAAUAAUCAGAUUUUAAACACUUUACUUACAUCUUACGCACUGUAUCGAAAAAUGCUAUUUUACGAUACAGUACGAAAUAUAUGAUAAUAACGGUACGAAAAAUCGGAUUUUAUGCAUACUGUGUCAAAAAUAAAGUAUGAAACAUGUGCGUAAAAUCGCAAUUUUACACACUUGUACAAUAUACAAUCGUACAUUACAUGCAUCCACCCCUGUUAAAAUCAUUUAUAAUAUGAGACUAUGUAUAAUUUGAUAUACCAAAUUAGUAUUCAAAUCAUCGCUGAAUGUGAAAUUCGGUUAUUAUCGACUACAUUCAAUUACGAAGAUAAGGUUUUGUUGUAAUUUCAGUUUGGAAACGAAAUAUAACUAUGAAACUGAUAACCUGAAAAGUAGUUUAUUACAAUUAACCAACGAUAAAGAG